ACCCUAGAGAUAACUGCGGGAUCAACAGCACAAUUAUCUGCCUGUAUCUCUCCCUCUCUCUUCUCUUCCUCUCCCUCUCUCCCUCCCUCUCUUUCUCUCUCUCACUCUUUCUUUCUUUCUUCGUUUAAUCGCUGGAGGAUUUUGUCGGAGUUUCUGAGCGUCUCUGCAUCUGUGAGGAUGUUGUGGCUGGUGUUGCUGCUGCCUGCCCUCUCCUCGGCUCAGCGAUCAGAGCCCAUGUUCUCAGCUAUCACCAAGACCGUCCUGCCUCCAGACUACGACAACAACCCCACCCAGCUCAACUACGGCGUGGCUGUCACUGAUGUGGACGGGGAUGGAGACCUGGAGGUGUUUGUAGCGGGCUACAACGGCCCAAACCUGGUUUUAAAGUACGACAAGCAGAGGAAAAGGCUUGUCAACAUCGCCGAUGACAACCCUAGCUCCCCUUUCUACCCCCUGAGAGACCGUCAAGGCAACGCCAUUGGAGUGACAGCGUGUGACAUCGACGGAGAUGGUCGGGAGGAGAUUUAUGUCCUCAACACCAAUAACGCUUUCUCUGGUCGAGCAACAUACGCUGACAAGCUGUUUAAGUUCCGUAAUGGACGCUUUGAAGAUCUGCUGAACGACGACAUUAACGAACACAGAGAUGUAGCCAACCGAAUGGCUGGGCGCUCAGUGGCCUGUGUGGACAGAAAGGGCACUGGCCGUUAUGCCAUCUACAUAGCCAAUUAUGCCAGUGGAAACGUGGGUCCUCACGGUCUGAUUGAAAUGGAUGAGGCAGCCAGCGACCUCUCCCAGGGUGUCAUCGCUCUCUCUAAUGUGGCAGAGCAGGCCGGAGUCAACAAGUUCACAGGAGGGCGUGGCGUCGUUGUGGGGCCCAUCGUCAGUCAGACCUCGUCUGAUGUGUUCUGCGACAACGAGUACGGACCCAACUUCCUGUUCAAGAACAAUGGAGAUGGAACUUUCACUGACGUGGCACAGCAGGCAGGUCUGGAGGACCCCAUGCAGCACGGCAGAGGAGUCGCUCUGGCAGAUUUCAACCGUGAUGGGAAGACGGACAUUGUCUAUGGAAACUGGAAUGGACCUCAUCGCCUGUACAUGCAGAUGAACAGUCGCAAACAGAAGUUCAAGGACAUAGCAUCCCAGAAGUUUUCCAUGCCAUCCCCUGUUCGCACCGUUAUCACAGCAGACUUUGACAAUGACAACGAGCUGGAGGUCUUUUUCAAUAACAUCGCCUACAGAGGUCCCUCUGCCAACAGGCUCUUUAGGGUGAGCAGGAGAGAGCACGGAGACCCUCAGAUAGAAGAGCUGAAUGUUGGAGAAGCAUCAGAGCCUGAUGGACGAGGAACCGGAGCUGUAGCCACAGAUUUCGAUGGUGACGGCCGUCUAGAGCUGCUGGUGUCUCAUGGUGAAAGUGCAGCACAGCCUCUCUCUAUCUAUAAAGUCAAUCUGGGCACAACAAACGCCUGGCUGCGAGUGAUUCCCAGGACCAAGUUUGGUGCUUUUGCCAGAGGAGCUAAAGUGGUGGUGUAUACCAAAAAAAGCGGGCCACACACAAGGAUCAUUGAUGGAGGCUCAGGGUACCUGUGUGAGAUGGAACCUGUAGCACACUUUGGCCUUGGUAAGGAUGUGGCCACCAAUGUGGAGGUGUACUGGCCAGAUGGUCGCUCAUUAGCCCGACCCCUGGAACUGUCAGACAUCAACUCAGUGCUGGAGAUCCACUACCCAAGAGAUGAGGAGGAGGUCACGCCAACAGUGGAGAUAGAGUGUGGUCAUGGGUUUGCUCUGAAUGAGAACGGCCGCUGCACAGAUGAAGAUGAGUGUACCCAGUUCCCCUCUGUGUGCCCCUCUGACCGUCCCGUCUGCACCAACACCUAUGGCAGCUAUAAGUGCCGCGCCAAGAGGAGGUGCAACCAGGGCUUUGAGCCCAACGACGAUGGGUCUGCCUGCGUGGCCCAGGUGGCCUACUUUGGAGGAACACGGUCUUCUGGAGAACAUAAAUGGCCUGGUCUUUCUCUGUGGCGGCUCUUGGUCUUCGCACUGCCCAUCGUCUCCACUCAUCUUCAGAUUGGACUACUGUAGCUGUCGCUGUCUUCUCCCUAUCACAACUCCUUCCUCUCCUGAGCGGGGAUGUACAGAAACUCUUGGAGAAAACUUUUCAUGAACCAUCUCCUCCUCUUUCUUCUCUGUGGACCUUUUUCUUUUUUUCCACCUGUUAUUUACAGUCUCACCCCUCCUCAUCGCUGCUACGUGUCACCUCUUGGCUCCCGGCCCCCUCUGGACUAUAAAGACACAAACAGGGAGCAUGCUCGCUGGGAGCUACGAGGUUCAGAGCUAACUGUGUCACGCCUGCAGAGCCCUCACGUCAUCACCUGGCACUUAUCUGUGUGGGACCUGAACUGAAGCCAAGUCAAUAAGCGGAGCUGCAGUGUAUAAACCUCUGCACACACAGCAGACCCCUCUACUGGCUGCACAGACCACAGUGAUUAGAGACAUGCUGAGGCCCCAUCUGCAGCUCAACAAUGCCACUAUGUUAAUCCUUACAAUGUCACUCUCAUUCUUAUAAUGGGCUAACUGGGAUGCUGAGAAACAGCAGGUCUCCAAGCUUUAGGUCCUGUUUGUUUUUGUGUGUUUGUGUGUCACUGUGUGAGUGAGUUUUGCUGCGUCCAAAAAGGCAGUUGGAUGGAGGAACAUAUGCCAGACCAUCUGUCUCUAAUGCUUGGUAAUAUUUUGUUACCUAUGAAUAGAAAAACAGCAGAGUGAAGAGUAAACACACAGUAGUGUGUGAGAGCACAAGAACAGGCAGGAGCUAAUUACA